CCACACUUGGGCCAUCUUGUUCGUUCUUUCCAGUGGAUAGCUACUUCACUUUUAGUCAUUUUACUGCUCAGUACAAAUGAGUACAUAGUCAUGGACCACCGAAAACGCACUAAUCGAGCAUGUAACGAGUGUCGGCGCAUGAAGGAGAAGUGUGAGGGUGGACCUCCCUGCAGGAGGUGCCUCCACUUCCAGCGCGUCUGUGAGAAAGAGCCGGUGUCAAGGACACGUGAAUUCAGGGCGUACAUUCCAACAGAGCGAGUGGCAAGAUCUGACUUUCAAGAAUUGAUCGAUCGCUCGAAAUAUAUGGAACGUAUAUUGAAACGGACAAUUGAAGGAGUUCGACUUGAUACAAAGAGCCUUGCCAGGCUAGCAGAUACACUCGAUGCGGACGGCGGUAGUGCGUGUGGUGUCGCGUCGGAUGCACAGGAAGUGGAAGGAUUAGUGAUGGAUGAUGAAGCGUGUACAAUGGAUCCUGUUGGAGAUAACACUACGCAUUUUUCGGGAGAAUUUUCAUAUUGGAACUUCUCCAUGCGACUAAAGCAACAUAUUGAACAAAUGGGGGGAUUGGAGAGUCGGACAAAUGACUCUAGCCGGGACUGGGACUUUCCACGAGCUCACCAGUUGCGCCCAGGGCGUGACCACCUCUCCGCAGCGAUAUCAUGCUGUCCCCCUCGUCCAAUUGCCGAAUUUCUGGCAAAAAACUUUUUCAAGUAUGCCGAGACGCACUACUUCUUUAUUGAAAAAAACUGGUUCUUCGAGAGGAUGAAUCUUCUCUAUGGCGACCCUAGCAGCUUUGCUAAAAAGGGAGGUGAGGUGAUCAUUAGCAUCUUGCUCACUGUCUUUGCAAUCGGGUCCCAAUAUGCACAUCUUGAAUCCCCAGCACACAAUUCCACUUCUACAUCAAGUCAAAACUUCUCCGAAGAGGAUAUCGGCGCGACGUUCUAUCAGCAAGCGAUUCGGUUACUACCAGAGAUCAUCGAACUAUCCUCCCUUGAGAGUGUCCAAGCCUGUCUCCUUUUUGGCUACUACGCACUACCUGUCGAUACGUCAGGCUUGGGCUAUAUCUACAUCAACCUCGCAAUUCGGCUUGGAAUGCAGAACGGCAUGCAUCGUAGAUGCAAAAAUGAUGCCUAUAGUGCGAGUAUGAUUGAGACCCGCAAUCGUGUGUGGUGGACGGCAUACUUACUUGAAAGAAAAAUCUCCAUUUUCCACGGCAGACCUCUUUCUGUGCUCAGGGGUGACGUUGAUGCUAGCUUUCCUAUCUAUCGAUCUGAAAUGGAAUUGGACGACACUCGUACAAGUGUUGCGCGCGCGGGGGCUUCGAUUAAAUUGAUUCACUUCUUAGAAGACCUGUUUCGUGAUGUGAGCAACCUUCGAAACUGCCACAAACAACAGAUUUCCAAGAUUAUAUCUCACCUCAUGACCAGCAAAGCAGCACUGACAGAGUGGUGGAGCACUCUUCCCCAAGAAAUUGUGAGCAGCGACUUACAGCCGGUGGCGCAACUGCGUUCAAUUACGCACUUCCAACUGGAAUAUUGUUUAGUUCGCAUGUUUAUUGGGCGACCAUUCCUGCUGAAGAAAGAUAUUUCAGAAUCAAUGAACAGCUCACCAGCAGACUCUGAGCCCAGUGUCGCCGACAAAGCCGAUAGUGCUGGCUUCAAGUACUCGCUUACUCGCAAAGACUUGAUUGAUGACUGCAUUGAGGCAGCGACUGAAGCCCUGGAAAUUUUGCAAAAACUACGUGAUUGUGGAUCAGGGCUGGCACGGGCUUCCUACAUCGAAUAUAGCUCCUGUCGAGCUUCACUUCUUGUGUUGAUCGCCUACUCCAUACAGAGCUUCUCUGAGAAGUUUCGAACCCUUCUCUAUAAAGGACUGAGCAUGAUUCGGGAAAUGUCUGCGGCUGGCGAGUCGGCUCAGUCCGAGGUGUCUUUGAUCGAAACGCUUGAGCGGGCACUUGCGCGGCUCCAUGCUGGUGUCCAUGAGUCUCAGCAUGGUGAUAUAGCGCUGUCCGAUCGGCCCAUCUCAGAUUAUGAGGCUUUCAAGCACUGGGGUGCUAGAUUGAGGGAAGGUGUGGCGUUGGAACCACUCAUUGACGAGGGUCCUUCGUCUGGUCAUUCCGAAGAGGUGGGACCGCAAACCGGCCAACCUUCGGGCUUUUACACCCAUACAUUUGACCGUCUCAUGGACAUGGACUACAGUCAGGUAUCCAUGUCUGUGUCCGAUCGAGACAUGGGCAUGCUCGGUGCUCUUGACCCCAUUAUUGAAAUUCCUUUUUUUGGCGCUGAAAAUACAUCGCCCUCCACAGCGUGGCCCACCUGGACUGAGACACAAGUGCUGGAACAGUUCCUCACGAGUCCUGAAUACGGUGCAACCAAAAUCUAUAAAUAUCACAUCUAUCUAAAAUCCAAACCCCCUUUCAGAGCGAAGCCGCAAUGAUCUUAUCCGCCAUGGCAGGCAAAGUGUCCUCAAUAACCUCUAGCUCUGUAUCAAAAAUCUCGGCACAAGACUCCUUCUCAAAUGUAGUGCAAUAAGCACCCCGGAAGCCCACCUUCACAGCAGCCGUA